CAUCAACAUAAACCAUUCUGAUCUAUUACCUGUGCAUUAACGUAUUGAAGCUGAUUGAAGAAAUCGUUCUUCACUGGCUGAAAAAUGCCGGAAAACUCAAUUUUCAAAGGUAAUUGCAACAGCUGCAAAUUUAGAAGCUGCUUGUGGUCUCUGGUGGUGUUCCUCAUGACCGGGACUUUAAUUAUCUACAGCUCAACCCUCCAAGUAUCAUGGCCAAUAAACCUGUGGACAGCAACAUCAGGGUCAAGUAACAACAGUGUGACUACUUCAUUUGACAGGUGUACUGUGACAUACCCACACAAGUACCAUUUCAUAUUGGAUGAGCCAAACAGAUGUCACCAGGAAAGCCCAUUCUUGGUUCUUAUGAUCCCAAUUGAACCCUACAACAGAGAGGCUCGCGACAUAAUCCGCAAAACAUGGGGGAAAGAAACAAAAGUGCUGGACAAAGUGGUCAGCCAUUACUUCGUGCUGGGGCUGACCAAACAAGGAAAUGGAGCAGAGCACAUUGAGGAGCAGCUGUUAGGUGAAAGCCAGACCCAUCAUGACAUUCUCCAGAGUGACUUCUUGGACAGCUACAAUAACCUCACCAUAAAAACAAUGGUCAUGUUUGAAUGGCUCAGCUCUCAUUGCCCCAGCACCUCCUACGCCAUGAAGAUUGAUUCGGACACCUUCCUCAAUGUCCGCAACCUUGUCAGUAUGCUUUUGAAGGCCCCACAACAUCUCUACAUGACAGGAAACGUGAUAAGGGGUGCUUCUGUUCUUCGAGACAGAAACUCAAAGUGGUUUAUGCCUGUUUCUGUCUUCCCUGAGUCGACCUAUCCACCUUAUGUCAUUGGACUGGGCUACGUGUUCUCACUGGAUUUACCCAGGAAAAUACUGGAGGCAUCUGUACAUGUCAGAGCUGUUUACAUUGAAGAUGUGUAUGUGGGUAUGUGCAUGAGAUAUCUGGGUAUCCCAGUGACAGAUCCUCCUAAUGGUGAUUUGUUUAGGUCUUGGAAGCCAUUAUACACAGGCAACUGUUACUGGACCUCUGUCAUUGUAACACUGCUACAAAACUCUAAGCAGCUUUUGGAUGUAUGGGAGUCUUAUCAUGCUCAAGUACAAAGUGGAUGCUAAACACUUGAGCCUGUGCUUUACAAACACACUUGCCUUACCAACAUAG